GACCAAAGUUCAGUGAUAAUUUUUCUUUGACAAACACACAUUCCCCCAGAACGACCUUCGCACCGUGAAAUAUGUCUGAUUGCAACCUUUAAAAAAAAAAAACAACUUAAAAAACUCGAAAUAUUCCAAAAAAUCUGGGAACUGUGAAAUGCGGCUUCACACUAAACCUAAGAGCACCAGUGAAAUCAAUCUAAGCUAUGAGGGAAAAUACCUAUUGGAUCCACGUUAUAUGACAAAAAGAGAUCUACAAUUUUAUUAUCGCUACUACAACAUGACAAAGAAACGAAAACACUUCAAGAAGAUAAUUUUCGUUAUACUCCUUCUUUGCUUCUUCUCCUACAUUUUCAUAGACUUCAAUUUGAAGACGAAGCUAAUAAAUUUGAAAGAUCGUUUCGAGUUUAUCGCUCGCAUCGAUGCCGACUACAAUAUCAGCCAAGCAUAUUUCAUUGAUCUGCCGGGAUGUCGGAUGCCUUACUUUCCCGUAACCGAUGACAAUAUAAUACAGUUCAUGUAUAGACCUAGAAAUUUUACCUGUAAGAAAGCUUUACUGCGCACUUUGGGCACAAAUAGCCUGGAACUGAACGUCAACGAAAAAGAGAUCCAAGAUAUCUAUGACGUAAAAAAUGUAGAUGAGAUCACUUGCAAUUACAGCGAGGUGGUGCGCAUCGACGAUCAGCGAAACAAGUACUUGGAUCCCGUCCCUUUUAAAUUGGAAUUCAAUGGGAGCAUACCUCUUAAAUCCAAUAUGGAGUUCAUAAUGGUCGAAUGUUGGAACAAAGAACUCCAGAGCAUUUACAAGGAUUUCCACUUUUUUGUCUUGUAUGACUGCGGCGCCCAAGCAAAAGUCAUUACGCAUGGACAUACCGAAAAUCCUAUAGAGAAUAUGGUGGAGGCGAACGAAAAGCCCUUAUAUGCAGACAACAGCAAAAGCAACACAAUAGCUGAAGAAAAGUCGAGCGAUACUCCAAUUUCUGUGAUGAUGCUGGGCAUAGACAGCGUAUCGCAUCUCAACUUUCUGCGUCAGAUGCAUUCAAGUGCCUCCUACAUACAUCGCAAACUUAACUACAUAGAAUUUUGGGGUUACAAUAAAGUUGGCGACAAUACAUAUCCGAAUCUAAUUCCCAGCCUAACGGGAUUCGAUGCUGAAGAACUGGACAUCUCUUGUCUGGGACCGCCUAAGGGCCGUUCUAGUGUUUAUGACAAGUGCUCUCUCAUAUGGAAGCGUUUCAAGGCGGCGGGUUACAAGACCAUCUAUGGCGAAGAUGUCGGCUACCUAAGUCUCUUUAAUCGCCAGCAAUCCGGAUUCAAGAAGAAACCUACAGAUUUCUAUUUGCGUCCAAUUCUACUCGAAAUGGAACGUUACAUUGCCAGCGAGAAAACAGUGAAUGUGGCACUGUGCAUGGGUGGCCGUCGCACUGUCGAUGUGCUCUUCGAAUAUAUUGGUAAAUUAUUACCUCUGAUGAGCAGGGAAAAGUUCUUCGCCUUUUUCUGGGCCGUCACAAUGACUCACGAUCUCUUCAAUAUGCCCAUAUUGCUGGACGAAGACCUCAAGCAACUGCUGGCGACUUUUGAGACGAGCGGUGUGCUGAACCGUACCAUUGUGCUGUUGAUGAGCGACCAUGGUAUACGUUGGGGAUCCUUUCGUAAAACAUAUCAAGGCAUGAUGGAGGAGCGCCUACCCCUUCUUAUUGCCAUAUAUCCGAUGUGGUUCAAGCAAAAGUACCCCGAAGCAGUGGCCAACAUGGAAUUGAAUGCGAAACGUUUGACGACACCCUUCGAUUUGCACGCUACAAUGUUCGAUCUAUUGGAUUUACGCCAAAUUAAACCGAAUCGGCUUAAGAAGCGCACAGCCGAACUCUAUGAUCCGGACGCCAAUUUGCCGCGUAGCAUCAGCCUCUUUCUGCCCAUACCAAUUAAUCGCACUUGCGAACAUGCGGGAAUUGCAUCGCAUUGGUGCAGCUGUCACCAGCGUCAGGAGUUGCCAACAAACGAUGCGCGAGUCCAGAGAGCCGCUCGUUAUAUUGUCAAACUAAUAAACGAUCGCUUGAAGGACCAUCCCCAAUGUCGAGUGCUGUAUUUGAAUUCGAUCAUGGACGCCACAGUGGCCCAGCCCCAUCAUAAAAUUGUCAAAGAACUCGGUAUAAGCGACUACACCAUCGACAUCACCUUGCGUCUUCAAACAAAGCCCGGUCUAGGUUUGUUCGAGUCCACAGUGCGAUUGGACACAAAUUACGGCACGGCCCUAACCGGUACCAUCAGCCGCAUAAAUCUAUACAGCAGUCAGAGCUACUGCAUCGAUGAUUAUGCCUUAAAAAUGUUUUGUUACUGUCACAGAUAAACGAAACUAUCGUCCCCGUAAUUGUAUGACCCAAAUUGGGUUAGAUUAAUCAAAAAACAAAACAAAAAAUCCAAACUGACUUUAAAAGCGCAUUCGUAGCAUUACUUAGUUUUAUUUACAUUCACACAUAAAUACAUCCAUACAUACAUACAUUCAUGCGUACCGAAACAUAUAAAACAUAAAGACUUUCUUCACAGCAUAAUUGUGUAACUGAAGCCUUAAGAUUAAUUGAAGAAAUGAAAUUAAUAGACAUUAAACAUUAA